AUGGCAACCCCCCUCUUCACACUCUUCCCCAGGCUCCCGACCGAGAUUCGGCUGCAGAUAUGGCGCAUCGCUCUCGAGCCCGAGCCGCCCGGCCCCGUCCUGUUCCCAUUCAAGAGCGGCUGUUGGCAGCCCCGGCGACUCACCCCCGCCGACCCGCACUUCGACCCGGUCCGCGACGAGCUCAACCUGACCCUGGAGUUUCGCCAUGAGCUCCUGGACGAGGUCUUCUUCCACGUGCCCCUGUACUCCGUGAACCAGGAGGCUCGCAGCGUCGCCUGGCCGUACAUCGCCUCCCAGAACCUUCGCCGUCGGUCCAGCCACGACGACGACGACGAUGACGCCUCGUGCCGCUUCGCGCGGCGGUUCGACCCAUCCCGCGAUGUCCUUCUCCUGCCGAGGGCAGAAGCUGAGCGAGCCCUGCUGAGCGAGAGCCUCGACCGGCUGUUCGAGCCGGACCUUACCGGCCGCGACGUCGACUGUCCAUGGCCGGCCGUGUCGCGCCUCGCCGUCACGUCCACCGCCGCCGCCCCGGGGGCGGGCGCGGGCGACGUGGUGGCGGCGCCGGACUACGGCGCGCUGGUGGAGCUGUGCCAGGACCUGCGGACCGUCUACCUCGUGCUCGACCCUCCGGGGGGGUGGCGGAGUGAGGGCGGCGGCGGCAGGCACUGGGAGGUUGCGGGCGCCGACAAGCCGGCGCUGACGUUCGCGUGGCAGAUGAGCGACGGCGUGACGAGCUGGAGCAUCGAAUGUUCCGAGGAGGAAGGUGUGGUGGCAGAGCUGGUGCAUCAGAUCAAGAGGCGCCGGGAUGGACUGGUAGAUACGCUGGUAGAGCUGGGGGUCGAUUGGUUCGAGAUACUGGGGGUGUACGCGGUCGAGAGGUAG